UCCAGGCUCCCAGAAAAGCUUUCCUAUCUUCAGCCAUAUAACUGGUCUCAAAUGGGCAGGUCCUCAGUUCCAGAAAGAUCAGUCUUGGCUUCCAUAUAGCCAUGCAGGAACUCACCAGCAGGUAGUGAUGUGCGGGGUCAGAGUAAGUUUGUACAAAAAUAUGAUGAGUCUAUGAACCUAUUUUUUUGACUAUUCCCUGGGCUGAAGUUGUGACCAUGAGAUACUGGUGGAUUUGACUGAAUUAGACUAAGAAAACUUGAUCUUAAGAACCCUGAAGUCUUAAGUGUAAAAAGCUAGAGAAUAUAGAGAAUAAUUUUGCAACUUUUCACAGUUCCAAAUUGGAUGAUGCCUGGAAGUGUCCUCACUGGGUAAUCUAAAUUGUUUUCUUAGCUGCUCCAAGUAUUCAUCACUUGACAAGGAUUAAUGUUACUAUGGAUUACUAAAGGAAGCAAUUCAGUGCUUCAUUGGUAAAGAAGAAACAAGUUUUCCCUUAUUUUCAUCUCUUGGCCACUUCCACUGGAACAGAUUGUGAUCAAGCCUAAACCAAGAACUUUCAAACCCAGGAACUCCUGAUAAUUAAUAGAAAUUAGCCUUUUAAAUAGUACUUGUAAACUGCUUGGUGCACAGCCUAGAUACAUAUCUGUCACAGAAAUAGACUGGAGCUGUUUAGUGGGGUGAGACUCGGAAGUGUUUUAUUGCUCUCAGAAAAUCAUAUCAUCAUCAUCCUGGGUUAAGGCUGAUUAGGCAGCAUGAGAGCUGAGAAACACAGAAGCCAGGGACAGCCCUGGGGCAGCAGACGGAAAGAGGAGGGGGGGACAGAGGAGGAGGAAGGCAGCUGCUUGCCUGCCCUCCUCACAGACUGCCAAGCUGCCGGCCAGUGAUGCCCCUAUGGCCAGGAGCAGGAGCAAGACCACCCUCUGCACAUGGCUCCUCUGCCCUGGGCUGCUUGGCUGUUUCUUGCUGGGCUUUCUUACAGGAUGGUUGACAAAACUGUGUGGAAAAACCCUCAACUCUUCGGUUGUCUACCAAAAUGUGAGACAGAAACUUGCGGCUGAAAUGAAAGCAGAGAAUAUCAAGCACUUCCUUCGCUCAUUUACUAGGUUGCCUCAUCUCGCAGGAACUGAACAGAAUCUUAUUCUUGCCAAACAAAUUCAAGGCCAGUGGAAGGAAUUUGGAUUGGAUUCAGCUGAACUUGUUCAUUAUGACGUGCUUCUUUCAUACCCAAAUGAAAAGCAGCCAAACUACAUCUCAGUAAUUGAUGAUCAAGGGAAUGAGGUUUUCAAUACGUCAUUGUUUGAACCACCUGCUCAGGGGUAUGAAAAUGUUACUGGUAUACUACCACCAUAUAAUGCUUUUUCAGCACAAGGAGUGCCAGAGGCAGAUCUGGUCUAUGUGAAUUAUGGCCGUACGGAAGAUUUUUUUAAACUGGAGCGUGAAAUGGGAAUUAACUGUACAGGAAAGAUUGUCAUUGCCAGAUACGGGAAGAUCUUCAGAGGAAACAAAGUUAAAAAUGCCAUAUUAGCAGGAGCCCAAGGGAUCAUACUUUAUUCAGACCCUGCUGACUACUGUGCCCCAGGAAUAGAUGCUUAUCCAGGUGGCUGGAACCUUCCAGGUGGGGGAGUCCAGCGUGGGAAUGUAUUAAAUCUGAAUGGAGCUGGGGACCCUCUAACACCAGGUUAUCCUGCCAAAGAGUACACUUUCAGGUAUAAAGUUAAUGAAGGUGUAGGGAUUCCUAGAAUCCCGGUUCACCCCAUUGGAUAUCAUGAUGCAGAACUAUUAUUGAGUGCAAUGGGAGGACCUGCAGCUCCAGACAGCAGCUGGAAGGGAAGUCUCAAUGUGUCUUAUAACAUAGGGCCAGGAUUCACAGGAAACUCUUCUACAAGAAAAGUCAGAAUGCAUGUUCAUACAAGCAAUAAAAUAACACGAAUUUACAAUGUCAUUGGCAUCCUCAGAGGAGCCAUGGAACCAGACAGAUAUAUUAUUUUAGGUGGUCACAGAGACUCUUGGGUAUUUGGUGGUAUUGAUCCAACUACGGGUGCAGCUGUUCUGCAAGAAAUUGUACGGAGUUUUGGUAAAAUGAAGAUGGAAGGUUGGAGACCUAAGCGAACUAUUAUUUUUGCAAGCUGGGAUGCAGAAGAAUUUGGAUUAUUGGGUUCCACAGAGUGGGCUGAGGAAAAUGCCAAAGUCCUUCAGGAACGGGCAGUUGCUUACAUCAACGCAGAUUCUUCUAUAGAAGGGAACUACACAUUAAGAGUUGACUGCACCCCUCUUCUCUACAAACUGGUGUAUAAUCUGACAAAAGAGAUUUUAAGCCCUGAUGAGGGUUAUGCAAAUAAGUCUCUUUAUGAGAGCUGGCUUGAGAAAGACCCUGGAACUGAAAAUAAUAGCUUUCCAAGAAUAAAUAAACUGGGGUCAGGCAGUGAUUUUGAAGCUUACUUUCAGCGACUGGGAAUUGCAUCAGGCAGAGCUCGUUACACCAAGAAUAGGAAAGCAGACAAAUUCAGCAAUUAUCCUGUUUAUCACACUGGGUAUGAGACAUUUGAACUAGUGGAAAAAUUUUACGACCCCACUUUCAAGAAACAGCUAACAAUUGCCCAGCUACGAGGAAAACUGGUUUAUGAACUGGCAGAUUCCCAAGUCAUUCCAUUCGACUGUAGAGAUUAUGGAGAAGCCUUAAAAGGAUAUAGCAAUAGAAUUUAUAAAUUGGCCAAGAAGCAUGAAGAAAAGCUGAAACUUUACAAAGUGUCAUUUGAUCCUCUUUUUUCUUCUGUGGUGAAUUUCUCAAAGGCUGCUGAUGAAUUUCACAGGAGACUUGAACAAGUGGACAAGAAAGAUCCAGUCGCAGUGAGAAUCAUGAAUGAUCAGCUGAUGUUGAUAGAAAGAGCUUUCAUUGAUCCUCUGGGCUUGCCAGGAAGGAGGUUUUACAGACAUGUCAUUUUUGCUCCAAGCAGUCACAACAAGUAUGCAGGAGAAUCCUUCCCAGGGAUCUAUGAUGCCAUGUUUGACAUUCAAAGCAAAGCUGAUCAACGUGAAGCCUGGGAAGAAGUGAAGAGGCAAAUUUCCAUUGCAGCCUUCACUGUACAGGCAGCAGCAGAAACACUGAAGGAAGUAGCAUAGGAUGAUGGCUUUGAAAAGUCACACAUAAAAGUCUGACAUGCAGAGUAGGUCAGGCUACCGCAGUGACCCAGUCUCCUCUGAAUGCCUGCCGUAUCUGAGUUUCCAACCUUCCAAAUGCAUGCAAAUGUGCUGGCAGGGUAAGCAGGAGCUUUGUGUGUCAAAAAACUCCUGAGCUAGAAAUUACUGCGUCUCUGACACUGACAGAACUGCAGCUUUAUGAACAGCCCCAGAUGGAAGCAAAUUUGGAUGUGGGGAGAGUGGGGAGGGUGGGGAGCAGGAACAAUCAGUUCCCAAUUAGAGUUUUCUGAAAGAUCUGCCAAUUUUGAGAACCUGUUGUUUUGGAAGUAUAAUUACACAACCAGUUAUUUGCCAAGCUACCUGUAACUUUUGUCCAUAGCAGUGAUCAACAGAACACAUUUUGAGAGAAAAAAUAUAACACUUUUCAGCCUGUGUAUCUUUCCUGUUCUGAUAAUUACUUUUAUAAUAUAAGACAUCAGAGGCAUUCCUGUGUUUUAGAAUACAUUGUGCAGGACUGGUGAAUGCUCCUUGCACUGUUUUGCUCUCUCUUUUCCUGAAAAAAAUAAAAUAGUGGCCUUCCCUCUGAUGAAAUCCAAAGCAUGUUCUCAGGGGCGUAAAUGCCCAUCCCUCUGAAAGCCACUAUGUAUCUUCCUCCUUUAUUUGCACUCUGGAAAAUAAAGAUUUUGGGGGACAACCAAAAGCUGUGCUCUUUUUGGCACUUUCACUAGUCCCAAAGCCAUGGCAGCUUUUGUUCCUACUUUUUCCCAGGAGAUCUUUUUCAAGCAGAUAUCUUUGUCCAGCUGAAAGAGCUGGAAGAAAUUGUCACUAUUGGAACAGGGUUUGAGAUUAUUCUGUGUUCAACUACAACUAGAAGAAAGAUUUUACAUUCAAAGAUAAACUGAAAUGCAUGAGGAUGGUAAUUGUACAAAACUGUUAAAUUUGUAAAAAAAAAAAAAGGAUUCUUGCUUCAUUUGCCCUUUGAUAUAAUUCUCAUUUACAUGCUUUACAACUAAUAAAAAUGCUACAAUUUUAUUUGAUCA